UUUUCUCGGAUUUGGAUCACAAGGGGUGCAGAAACAUCAACGCAACGCACGACUCCAACUGAGCAGCAGCAUCAGCAAGUAGCCUACAGAACGAAGUCAGGCACAUAUGUUAGCUACACAUUGUAUAGCUGACGUUAACAUGGAAAAAAUAGCAUCUGCUGAACCUCCUCUUAGCCAAGCAGUUGGAACAUAGACAUUAAUGAUAAUGUAGCCAACCAGCUGUGUUCAGUUUGCUACUGUGCAGCAACUCGCUUUUUAGACGAUUUACUGUUUAGUCGUAUUGGCGUGCUGGUUCCCGUGACUCAUAUCCCCAUUUUAUCCGCGCUCUCGCUGCACUAGCUCUCAGACACAACACAAUGUCUGAAGGCGACGGACCUGAAUCGGGUAGCGGGGUAGAGCCCGAUCCAGAGCCGGUUCCUGCUCAGGUUCACAUACCUUCAACCGACAGUCAAAAACAGAUUAUUGGAGCACUUGUCAAGACACCUCUCCGUAAGGGAGACGAAUGGUUCUUGAUUGACAGUAGGUGGUUUAAGCAGUGGAAGAAAUAUGUGGGAUUUGACAGCUGGGAUAUGUACAAUGUUGGAGAACAGAACCUCUAUCCAGGGCCUAUAGACAACUCAGGACUCUUCUCAGACCAGGAGUCUCAGUCCUUGAAAGAGCACCUUAUAGACGAGCUGGACUAUGUUCUGAUGCCCACUGAGGCCUGGCAGAAGCUUGUCACCUGGUAUGGGUGUCUGGAGGGACAACGCCCCAUUGUCAGGAAGGUGGUGGAACAUGGCAUGUUUGUGAAGCACUGUAAAGUGGAGGUCUACCUGCUGGAGCUCAAUCUGAGUGAGCACAACAACAUGGAGAAUGUGGUGAUGCGCCACUUCAGCAAGGCCGACACCAUAGACACAAUUGAAAAGGAGAUGAGGUCGUUAUUUAACAUCCCCGGGGAGAGGGAGACCCGCCUGUGGAACAAAUACAUGAGCAACACGUAUGAGCAGCUGAGCAAGCCGGACAGUACGGUGCAGGAUGCUGGCCUCUUCCAGGGCCAGAUGCUGGUGAUCGAACAGAAGAAUGAUGACGGCACAUGGCCCAGACAAGCCCCCCAUUCACAGUCCAGUAUUGUGUCGUCAAGGAAUUUCACUACCUCUCCAAAGCUCUCCUCCAACUCCUCAGCCACCAUCUCUUCAACCGUGACCAAUGGCGACAGCAGCAGCAACUCCAUCUACACCCUUAACAAUAGCACCUCCUCUGACAACAGGUUGGGCGGCUACAGUUCCUACAGCUCAUCCUACUACCAGUCGCAACCAGGUCUGUGUGGCCUUAGCAACCUGGGUAACACCUGCUUCAUGAACUCCGCCCUCCAGUGCCUGAGCCAUGCCUCCCCACUCACAAAGUACUUCCUGGACGACCAGUAUGAGGCAGAGAUAAACCGGGAGAAUCCUCUGGGAAUGCGGGGGGAGAUCGCCGAGGCAUACGCUGACCUGGUCAAGCAGAUGUGGCUCAGCCGCAGCAGCUAUGUGGCUCCACGCAGCUUCAAGACCCAGGUGGGCCGCUUCGCCCCGCAGUUCUCAGGCUACCAGCAGCAGGAUUCUCAGGAGCUCCUGGCCUUCCUGCUGGACGGGCUGCACGAGGACCUGAACCGCGUCAAGAAGAAGCCCUACCUGGCUCUGAGGGACGACGAGGGUCGGCCAGACGAGAUAGUAGCCAAGGAAGCCUGGACUAACCACCGCUUGCGCAAUGACUCGGUCAUAGUAGACAUCUUCCACGGCCUCUUCAAAUCCACUCUAGUCUGUCCAGAAUGUUCCAAGAUCUCGGUGACCUUUGACCCUUUCUGCUACCUCACAUUGCCCCUGCCCAUGAAGAAGGAUCGCACAAUGGAGGUGUUCCUGGUCUGUGCAGACCCCAGAUCCAGACCUGCACAGUACAGGGUGGUGGUCCCUAAGCUGGGCUCUGUGGCAGACCUCUGCAGCGCCUUGUCCAAACACUCCGGAAUCCCUUCAGAAAAGAUGGUCGUGGCAGAUGUUUACAACCACCGAUUUCAUAAAAUCUACCGGAAGGACGAUGGCCUGAACAACAUAAUGGAGAAAGACGACAUCUUUGUAUACGAGGUGGGAGAGGAGGAGGGGGAAACGGUCAAUCUGCCCGUGUACUUCAGGGAGAGGCACAGCAAGCACGCGGGCGGCUCCACCGGCGCCCAGCUGUUCGGCCAGCCACUGCUCAUCACCGUCCCCAAGCAGAACCUCCCUGUUGACCUGCUGUAUGAGAAGGUGCUGGAGAGGAUUGGGCGCUACGUGAAGCGGCCGCAGGGAUCUGCUGCCUGUGAAGGAAAGAGUUCAGCAUCAGCCUCCAGUAGCAUCGCCAGCCACAACCAGGCAGAGUCGACUGCAUUGGCCAAUCACAAUGCAGAGCUCGGCGGGUGUGGUAAAAGUCUAUCGGAGGGGGCAUCCAGCAGUGGGCGGUGCACCAACAGCAAUGGCCAGCAGGGGCCACAGAACUGCAAUGGCCCCAAUGGGGCAUGUGGAGAUGAGGAAGAAGCCAUGGAUCACCAGGUCAGCCCGGAGCCGGAGUUCAGCCAAUCAGAUGACUCUGUUGGGGGGGAGGAGGAGGAUGACGAUGAAGAUGAGGACGAAAGCGAGGACCUGGAUAACGGCCCGUCUGGCAGCGCAGCGAAGUCUGCCAACACUGAGCCCAAACUUUUCUCCUUCAGCAUGGUCAACUCAUACGGGACGGCCAACAUUGGUCUAUUGCCCAGCGAUGGCAACACCCUCAAAAUCAACACACAUUCCACUGUUGCAAUCAACUGGGACUCUGACAUGAGAAAACUCUAUUAUGAUGAUCAGGAGGCAGAGGCCUAUGAGAAGCAUGAGAGCAUGAUGCAGCAGCAGAAGAAAAAGACCACCGUAGCCCUGAGGGAAUGUAUCCAGCUCUUCACCACCAUGGAGACCCUGGGAGAGCAUGACCCCUGGUACUGUCCGAACUGUAAGAAGCACCAGCAGGCCACCAAGAAGUUUGACCUGUGGUCCUUGCCUCGACUCCUGGUGGUUCACCUCAAGCGUUUCUCCUACAAUCGCUGCUGGAGGGACAAGCUGGAUACUGUGGUGGACUUCCCUAUCAGAGAUUUGAACAUGUCGGAGUUUGUUUGUGACCCGAAGGCAACACCCUAUGUUUAUGACCUUGUUGCUGUAUCAAACCACUAUGGAGGCAUGGGUGGAGGCCACUACACUGCCUUCGCCAAGAACGAGGUGGAUGAGAAGUGGUAUUACUUUGAUGACAGCAGCGUCUCAUCAGCUACAGAAGAUCAGAUUGUGACGAAAGCAGCCUACGUCCUGUUUUACCAGCGCAGAGAUGGGGAGGCCGCCAGCGAGACUCCUCCCUCCACCUCCUCCUCGAGCGGAGGCCCUCAGACGGCCGAUGACCACAUGGACACCAACUAACAGGCCCGAGAGGAGCAGGGACACGUGCUACAGAAAGCCCAAAAACACGCUCCUGCACAUACCCACCUGUCUCACAUGAACAUGGUACUCCUCUGUGGCUUCCUUUUUAUUUUUCUUCACAUCGAUAUUCUCCAAAAGCAGGAAAAAAAAACCCUCACGUUGAUUUGAUUGGAGACCCAGAAGACCUCCCGGCUGGAGCCUGCAACCCGCCCAUGACCCAGACGGGGACAGAGUGACGGACCCUAUAUUCCCACACAAGGCCCGCCAUGAUAUUUAGAAGUUGCCUAAAUGUACAGGUGAAUUAUACUUCUGUUACCAGAUAGGGGCACCUGAAAAUGAUCUUUAAAUAGCCAAAUGCACACAUCCUCUCAACCAAAGCAUUGCAAGUUGUACAAGAUUGCAAAUUUGUGAAUUGUAUCAUUGGUUUGGGGUAGGGGUUUGGGUGUGAUAUUGGAGCUGUACACUCCGUUUUAAUAUAUUGUAAUUGAUGUUAUUAAAGAACAGAAAAUUGUG